UCAUUUUCGUUAGAAGUCGUUGCUUAUUAUGCUUACCAAUCUGUGAUCGAUAGCACGUUGUUUCUCGUCAAAAAAGCCACCCAAAACCCUCGAUACUUUCCGCGAUCGCCAUGGAAGCUCUAAGCUCCUUUGCAACCAUCCUCUCCUCCUCGUCUUCUCCACCUUCUGUCUUCUCUCCAGUGAGGCCUGACUCACCAAGACUCGUACGGUUCACCUUGUCUUCCAAAAAGGAAGGAAACGAUUUCGAUCUCCCAUCCGACCCCAAAGACUCCAGUAUUGUCCCCCUCUUCGGCAAUCACACUCUUUCCAAAGAUGCGGCGAUGGGAUUGGUCUUGAGCGCGGUUUCUGUGAGAGGUUGGACGACCGGAUCAGGUAUGGAGGGUCCGUCCAUCCCCGCCGGAGCCGAAGAUGGAUCCGGUACAGAAAGGAUCUCGACCUUCCCGUGGUCCCUCUUCACUAAGUCACCACGUAGGCGUAUGCGUGUUGCGUUCACCUGCAAUGUUUGCGGCCAGAGAACCACUCGUGCCAUCAAUCCCCAUGCUUACACUGAUGGCACUGUGUUUGUGCAGUGCUGUGGAUGUCAUAUAUUUCAUAAGCUGGUGGAUAAUUUGAACCUGUUUCACGAGAUGAAGUGCUAUGUGAACCCGAGCUUCAAUUAUCAAGACCCGAAAUGGGAUGAGGUUGGCUUCAAGUACCUUGAUACAGAGGAUGAUAGGAAUGAUGGAUUUCCCAUAUAAUGAGGUGAAGAGCAAUUGUAUAAGUGGUGUACAUUCCUUUCCUUGUUCGUGGCAACUUUUUCUGUCCCAUUUGUAAAUGUUUCUGUUAUUUAUAGUAUUCUUUUCAUAUUGGUAACUGAAGUCAAAGUUGGAUUCAUCAAUGAAAUUUGGUAGAAUGAUAAGCAUUGAAACGUUA